AUGUUCAAGAGCGGACACGUGCGGAGUGGAGGUGUCGAGGUGAGUCCGGAUUCAGCUCCAGCAUUAAAAAGCGACAUCAUACAACAGAUACUGAGUCAGAAAGCAAGACUAAGUGCUCAAUCACAGGCAGCUCCUCCAAGACCAAGACCAGCCCCAGCAGCUGCUGGAGCUCCACCCGCUCAUGCAGCUGAUGCUCCACACCACCAAAUAGACCAAGCAGCAGAUACUCCACAAGACCCACCAGCAUAUUAUGAUCCUGCUGAUGAUGCUCCACCACUUGAAGCUGAGCCUGUGGCACCCAUGCCCGUUGCCCAUAUUAUUUGGUUACCAAAUGAACAGGCCAAGCUGGUAGAAUUACGGUUGGAACAGGAAGACAAGUUUCGUGCUGCCAACAGGCAUGACCUGCUGUGGACGAGUAUCGCCAAGGAAAUUAACCCAGAAAUUAGCGGAACACAGUGUCUGAACAAAUGGAAGUACAUCAAGUCUAAGUAUACGAAGCAUUUGGAUGGCCAGAAUUCCACUGGGAAUGCCCGGUUACCUGCUCCAAUGUUUUUUGAACAAUUGGACAGGGUUUACGGAACCCGGGCAGUGAACCGUCCAAAAAAUCUCAUGGACUCUAUGCGGCCCAAAGAGGCUGUAGACAUGGUAGAUGCAGUUGAGGUUGUUGGGGGUAAUGUUGAUAAUGGGGCUGGGCCUGGGGUAGCUAAAGUUGGUGAACCGCGUCCGAAAAAGCAGAAACUUUCAGACCGGGUCUCUCCGCAAGACAAGGUUGUGAUUCAAAUCCAAGAGAUGCAGGAAGGUCAGAUCCGUGUUGAAAAUAUGAUGGAAAGGCAUCAUGGUGAGAGGUUGACAUGUAUGAACCGCUUUUCGGAUUUGUUCGAAAAGUCAGUCAACCAUCACACUUAA